CUGCUAGCUCAAACAUCCUCUACAUCCUCUGACCCGUGCAACAACGGUCCUUACGACAUCUCGAGUGCAUCUGACCUCGCUGCCAUCACAUCCUGCACCAACGUCACCGGCAACAUCGUCAUCUCACCUACCGUCGGUACCGUGAACCUCGGCAGCAUCACCGUGCUCAAUGGAGAUUUGCGUAUCAUCAACAACAACACCGGUUCACAGACACUCGCUGCAACCACUUCAGUCAGCGCACCCUCUCUCCAGAGCAUCUCUGGCGCGCUUGUCCUCACACAAUUGACGCAGCUCAACACCCUCAGCAUGCCAUCGCUCACAUCCGUCUCGACCAUCGAGCUGACAACCUUGCCUGUGCUCCAGCAGCUCGGUUUCUCUGCCGUCACUGCUGUUUCCAUCCUCAGUGUCAUUGACACGCAGCUCCAGUCGCUCCAGGGCAUUACACUGACGACCGCAUCCCAGAUCAACAUCUCCAACAACCGUUUCUUGACUGCCAUCACCAUGAACAACUUGCGCAGCGUGACAAACGCCAUUCUCGUUGCUGCCAACUCUCCAAGCAUUGCUGUUUCCUUCACUGGUCUGCGUACUGCCGGUAACUUUACCGCCCAGGGUGUCAGGUCUGUUUCCAUCAACGCACUCAACAACGUUACUGGCUCAUUCGGUGUCGUCAACUCCUCCAUCACCUCGCUCGAGCUGCUCAACUUGACUCGCGUGACGGGAGACUUCUUUGUCAACAACAACGCUCAGCUGACUGCACUCUCUGCACCUGCUCUCACUACCGUCUCUGCCUUCCAGGUCGCCAACAACACCCAGCUCAGCAACAUCACUUUCCCUUCAUUGACCACUGUUGCUGGUGCACUCAACGUCAUUGGUUCAUUCAACAACUUCACCGCCGCUGCCCUGACGGAUGUGCGUGGAAAUUACAACGUGCAAUCAACCUCGGAGACAUUCAGCUGUGCAAGCAACCUCAAGAACUCGGGUGUUGUGAAGGGUAAUGUCUACCAGUGCAGCGGUAAAGUGAGCAACCCUACCACCGUUGCUGCUUCUGCCACCACAGGAUCCGGUACAGGUGCUUCUGCCAGUUCGACCAGGACAAGC